CCCAUUCCGGAAGCCCCCAGAACAAGCCGGCGGCCUACUCGCUUCGGUGACGAGAGGCUGAAAGGCCCAGACUCUGCGGGUCCCGCACGGGAAGCCGGGUUUGCAGGGCGAAGUAACCAUGCAGGCAUUUCUGAAAGGCACAUCUAUCAGUACUAAACCACCACUGACCAAGGAUCGAGGAGUAGGUGCCACUGCAGGGAGCAGUGGAGAGAACAAGAAAAUCAAACCUGUCCCAUGGGUAGAAAAAUAUCGCCCAAAAUGUGUAGAUGAGGUUGCAUUCCAAGAAGAAGUAGUUGCAGUGUUGAAAAAAACUUUAGAAGGAGCUGAUCUGCCUAAUCUCUUGUUUUAUGGGCCACCUGGAACUGGGAAAACAUCCACUAUUUUGGCAGCUGCUAGAGAACUCUUUGGGCCUGAACUGUUUCGAUUAAGAGUUCUUGAGUUAAAUGCAUCUGAUGAACGUGGAAUACAGGUAGUUCGAGAGAAAGUGAAAAAUUUUGCUCAAUUAACUGUAUCAGGAAGUCGUACAGAUGGAAAGCCAUGUCCUCCUUUUAAAAUUGUUAUUUUGGAUGAAGCCGAUUCUAUGACCUCAGCUGCUCAGGCAGCUUUAAGACGUACCAUGGAGAAAGAGUCUAAAACCACACGUUUCUGUCUCAUCUGUAACUAUGUUAGUAGGAUAAUUGAACCUCUGACCUCUAGAUGUUCAAAAUUCCGCUUCAAGCCUCUGUCAGAUAAAACUCAACAACAGCGAUUACUAGACAUUGCUGAAAAGGAAAACGUCAAAAUUAGUAAUGAGGGAAUAGCAUAUCUUGUUAAAGUAUCAGAAGGAGACUUAAGGAAAGCCAUUACAUUUCUUCAAAGUGCUACUCGAUUAACAGGUGGAAAAGAAGUCGUGGAAAAAGUGAUCACAGACAUUGCUGGGGUAAUACCAGCCGAGGCAAUUGAUGGCAUAUUUGCUGCAUGUCAGAGUGGCUCCUUUGACAAACUGGAAGCUGUAGUGAAGGACUUAAUAGAUGAGGGUCAUGCAGCAACUCAACUUAUAAAUCAACUCCACGAUGUGGUCGUAGAAAAUGAGACCCUUUCUGACAAACAGAAGUCCAUUAUUACAGAAAAACUUGCUGAAGUUGAUAAAUGCUUAGCAGAUGGUGCUGAUGAACACCUGCAACUGAUCAGCCUGUGUGCAACCCUGAUGCAGCAAUUAACUCAGAAUUGUUAAGCUGAUAAUUUUGUAAAUAAAGGAAUGUGGGUGAAAAUAAAAUGGCCAGAGCAACUUUUAAAGUGAAUAUACAAUUUAUUUAACAUUCAAACUUCAUUAAGACAUGUGCAAUAUGGCAAUUUUACUGGGGGUUUCACCCUACCUAGGAUAUGAUUGCUUGCUGGGGCUUAGCAACAGGGUCCAGUUCACACUUAGCACUAAUUAAAUACUUUAUUGAAUAAAUACAAUACCAAACAAAAUGCAUUCAAAUGCUUUCUAAAAAAAUCAAUUUUAAAGGCCUUUCUAUUCAGGCUAAUGACAAACACAAUAAAGGCAGAUAUGCUAGUUUAACAUAAUUGGCUGAUUUUAUACAGCACUUAUAUCUUUUAGUCCACAAGUAUAUUAUUAAAUGAUAGAGAACAUCUAAUACAACCAUUUCUACAGAACUAGGAAAUAAAUUUCUAAGAAAGAAAGAUUUUACAGACCCCAUCUUUUUAUACCCACCCCAACAGUCUAACUCUAAAGAGGAUAAAGCCAAUGACUUUCCUCACAAGAGCUCACGACUAAUGUCGCUUUGCUAUCAAAAUCUGUAUUUCUGAUCCGUUAUGAGCAUUGAGACAAGAUUCAAAUAUUCCCAAAGAAGCACAAUGCACGUUGUGAUCGCCUAUUCAGCAACAGCGAGCACUGCAUUCAAAUCUAUCUCAUCCCAGGAAUUAAAUAAGGUCAGCCACAUUCAUGGGCAUUUCCUCCACUGUAGUAUUGUAGAAAGUCUCAAUGUCACGAAGAAUCCUCUUGUCUUCUUCAGUAACAAAGUUUAUAGCCACACCUUUCCUCCCAAAUCGACCCCCUCUGCCAAUUCUGUAUAAGAAAAAGAA